GACCUUGAUUCCAACUAACGAUGCAAACAUAAGGGUUGCGCUGCAUGUUGUGCCUCCAUCCGCUUUCUUGCUCACAGCGGGUCCUAAGUCUCUCCGUGAGAGCUUCACUACCGAUGGAUUCCUUUUCGUGUCCGCUAAUCUAGCAAGCUCUGAUGGUACAAGACCGAUUUUGACACGACCUUCAAUCAUCCCAAUCGUCGCAGGUAUAGCCCCAGUGGACCGCACAAUAGUUUCCAAUUCGGAGGCCAAAUCAUAAUUGACUGGAUGAGGAAAACCAUGGGUCACAAGCGUUGUUUCGAGGGCUACGACAGGCUUUCUAUUGGCUAGAGCGUCUUGAACUUCUGGAUGGAUGUCAAGAGGAAGAGAUUGUGUGGGUUGAAAGAUUGAAAGGGGUCGAGUAAAAUGGCGCGAAUUCCUGAUGAUUUGGCUGGGUCGUGCAGAAAGGAAAAAGGAGGCCAUGUUAGUAUCGGAGCAUCGGUCCGGUUUUGCUAUGCCUGCCCUCGAACCAACUGCGUCCUUUGAAAUCAAACUCGAAAGCCAGCGGUCUAUUUGUGCGAUAUCAUAUACUCUGAAUGUAGACGAAAUCGUUAAAUCAGUCGGAGACGAUGCUGCGGGCGCAAACGUUUUCUUUAUCGGAACCACUCGAAAUACGUUCCAGAAUCAAGUCGUGCAACGACUUGAAUACCAAGCUUACUCCAAGCUUGCUAUCAAGACCAUGUCCGACGUCCUUGAAUCGGCUCGGCAUCGGAGUGGUACAGAUCCUUCCAAAUCGCUCAUCCGCUGCGCUGUACACCAUCGCAUAGGAAUCGUACCCGUAGGAGAGGCAUCGAUUGUUGUCGCCGUUUCCGCUCCUCAUCGAAAGGAAGCUUUCUCAGCGUGUGAAUUCAUCUUGGAGGAGGUGAAGAGAAAGGUUCAGAUAUGGAAACGAGAAUACUACGAGGGAGAAGACGACACUACCGCAGAGUGGAAGGCCAAUGCAUAAUCACAGUAUCAAUUACACAACUGAUGAAGAAAUAGUUGACAUCUGGGCCCAAUGUCCACACCAUGGAUCAUACCUGUUGCCAGGUAAAUUGAGUCUCCGUAAGAGCUUCUGGGCUCAACUCAUAGUCGAGAAUACCAAUUUCCGGUCCACGAACAGGCCUGCAACAGGCACAAUGACCGUCAAUCCACUUUCCAUUCUUUACUAACCAAGUCGUCAUCUGGACUGACGAGUAGUUCCACACCCCACAUCGUCAAGGUAAAGAAAAUGUUAAUCCAUCUCCACCAUAUCUGGGAAGAAUAGUCGAG